AUGGAUACUACGUGGGCAAACAGUUUAAAAGUAGACGACAAACCCAUUUCCUUGGGGAAAGGAGACUCUUCGGAUGAUGGUGACAAAAGAGGAAAAAGGAAACAACCCACCAACUCCACUGACGGAGCCCGUAAAGGAGGAGAUCAAACACCCGAUACCCCAUUGCUUAUAGCAGCAAGCGAAGGAAUAGUAGAAAUAUUUGACGAGAUAGUUGACGUGCAUCCUCAGGCAAUUGAGCACAUCAGUAAGGAUGAGGUGAGCAUAGUGCAUGCGGCCAUUUGCCACCGCCAAAGAGAAAUCUUUCGCCGUCUAAAGAUGAUGAAAGGGAUAAUGGAACACAGGUUGUUUUCAAUGAUUGAUAAGCAAGGCUACACCAUAUUGCAUCAUGCGGCAGACAUGAACAACUACAAUGUAGGAACCCGCGCUGGUCCUGCACUCCAACUGCAAGAGGAGUUGCAAUGGUUCGAGCGUGUGCGAAAGAUAGUUCCCUCCCAUUAUGUCAUGCACCGCAACAAUUCCGGUAAAACUGCAGACGAGUUCUUCAAAGAGCAACAUGCUGAGCUUCUCGAGAAGGCAGAAAGGUGGAUAAAGGAGACCUCUCAAUCGUGCACUGCGGUUGCAAUCCUUGUUGCCACCGUUGUUUUCAUAGCUGCAUACACUGUCCCAGGAGGUAACGAUCAGAGGGGCCAUCCAGUUUUCCUUCAUUCUCCCUUCUUCUUGUUCUUCACCAUCAUGGACGUUGUCUCCCUUGCGAGCUCCUUGACGUACGUCGUCAUGUUCCUUUCCAUCCUCACGUCUCCAUUUAAGCAAGAAAAUUUCUUCAAAUCUCUCCCCCGAAAGCUCAUGAUUGGCUUCACCUUACUCUUCCUUUCCAUGACAACCACCAUGCUUUCUUUCACGGCGACUAUUUUUCUCAUUAAUCAUUUUGAGAAAAAAGCUUUGACUGUGACUCUGAUUAACAUUGGUGUAUUGCUUCCCAUCUCCGUGUUUGCACUUAUGCAGUUCCCCUUGUAUGUUGCACUCUCCAGUAAUAUGCAUUCCCUUUUCAAGAAGAUUAUGAAGAAGGCUCUUCGCGGGAUUUCCAUUCCUCGUCUUUUCAAGACCGGUAACCUCAAGACAUGUUGA